GCGGCCUUGAGAGGCCUCCAGGCCCCGGCGCGCCGCCGCAGGUGCUGCUGCGAGUCCUCCGGGCUCCCGCGCACGGCCCGUUAACCGCUGACCAUGGAGGAGAUUUCCUUGGCCAACCUGGAUACCAACAAGCUAGAGGCCAUCGCGCAGGAGAUCUACGUCGACCUCAUCGAGGAUUCGUGUUUGGGCUUCUGCUUCGAGGUGCACCGGGCGGUCAAGUGUGGCUACUUCUACCUGGAGUUCGCCGAGACCGGGAGCGUGAAGGAUUUCGGUCUCCCGCCGGUGGAAGAGAAAGGAGCGUGCCGCCUCCCGCGCUGCUCCCUGCCCGGAGAGUCGGGGAACGGGCCGAACCAGCCGCUGCAACGCUCUCCUCCAGAGUUCCAGUAGCUGCAACCGGAGAGAGGCUGAGGGGGGUAACCAGGACAGUGACAGAGAUCGGUCCUGUGGUUUGGAGAAGUGAGGUAGCUAAGGAGAACAACAACAACAACAACAACAACCAGACAGAAGCCCCAGUUCCCAUUGAAAAUUGUAUCCUUAAAAGGAAAACCAAUGUAGAAGUUUUAGGAAUCUGGAUUUUUAUUUUUUGACAAAAAUGUGUUGCCUCGGUUCAACUUUGGAAAACCUGGGUAGGAAGCGAUGCUCCCUCGUGGGCGCACUGUGCAAUGUGAACUGGUCUCUAGACAUAGCUGGAUGUGCACAGGUGAGCAGCUGUGUGCCCAGCGUGUCAAACAGUUCCCUCGAUCUUUCUUUCUGCUUUUCCGGUUAACGAACAGUUUGAAUGAACAUCCCUGAUGGUCACAGGCCUUAAACACUGGGCCUCAGUGGAACUACUCCUCUAAUCUUAGCCUCUCCCGUGGGCUUAUUCGAGACAAAUAUGAUUAGGUGUGUGAACUGGCUAAUAAAGAUUACAGUGUGGGAAACUCAAGAAAAAAAAAGUUAUUGGACGAAUCUGCUAGGGGAAGCUUUGUGGGCUUGACUCCCAAUAAGAAGAAAAGUUCAAAGCUUCUAUCUUCUUAAAGAUCCAGCAUUUGCAGUGACUUUAAUGGACUUGGGGACAAGGGCUUGCCUUUUGCUGAAUUCAGCCCUUUUUCUUGUUCCCCACUUUGCCACCUAGGAUUGACAAGUGGACAACUUGGUUAAUCCAGACAGGCUGAAGAUUUAGUCACUAUCUGGGAGAGAUAGCAAGGGCCUCUGCAGCGAUGCACGAUCUCUGAAACUGCAAGAUUUACUCUAUGGAUAUGUGCUUUUGUGUAUAACAGUUUGGUGAAGCAGUCAUUUUCCUACAUGGCCAUGCUAGGUCACUGCCUGCUUCCCACCCAAGGGACAGGACAGGACCGAAGAGCUUCAUGGGCUAUUGGAGGUUGUGGGUUGAAAACUGAGCCUAGAGAUAAACUUGUCCAGCUGCUGUCAAAAAUGUGAAUGGGUUAGUGCUAGGUUAUCUAAGGAGCAGGAUGGGGUCCUUACUCCUGUAAUGCGGUCCUGUCCUGUUGAAUGUUCUGUUCCUUGGUGGGAUGGGGGAGAGUCACAAAAUCCUGCUUUGGUGAACUUCUUUAAUGUCACCACCUCUGCCCCUCACAAAAGUUGUUCUUUUCACUUGGCUCUUUUUGGACCUUCUUGAAUUACGGUAGCUGAUCCCUUGUUUGAAGUCGGGAUGACCUCUAGAACUCCCUUGGCUUCAGUGAGUGGGAUGAUGAAGGAUGUGAAAUUGUGAGGUGCAUAUCAAAAACCACUCUAUUUUCUGAUAGAGGGUCAGUAAUACAGUGUAGAUGGGUGGGAGCCCCAAGUUGAGCGGGAAUGGUGCUGCUUUAUUUGAAAUGUUUUCUUACCUCAUUUUUGUGCCCCAUCAGGGGUCCAGCCUCACAUCUCUGGCUUGGCUCCAUGUUCCUCCUGCCCUACUCCACUUAGGACCCUAGGUGCUGCCUGCCACCUCUCGUUUAUGUUGACCAGAAUCAGUUCAUCUCUCGAUGCUGCUGCUUCUGAAACCCGGCUAGUUUCUUCUCAGCUUAUUUUAAAAUGUGUUUUUUUCAUGGAUUUUGUAGGAGAUUCGGAAGACACUAAUGACUCCCUAUAUUGGGAUUAAGAUUGAAAAAAAAAUUUUUUUCUUUUUAUUGGAAAAUGCUGAAACAUCUCUCCCAUUAGACUUAAUGGCUAGUAUGCCUUCCUGCUGUUUCUUACAUCAUCAGGAGUUUUAUCUCCCCACUUCCUCUUAGAUAUUGCCCCUCAGGGCCUAAGCAGAUCAGAUAAGGCUGGCCAACACAAGGGAUGGAGAUGGUCUUGAUCCAGUUUCUCUAAUCCUUGCUCUGAAUGCAUCCUUGUCUCAGAAGGAGCUAUUUGGAUUAUAUUGUCCCAUGUGGGUUACAGACCCCUGGAGGGUUAAAGAAACCAUAGUGAAAAUGUCUCAACAUGAUUAUUGCAUUUUGCCCCUAGGUUUUUUCUUCUAAGGGUUGGGGCCUGAUUGCAUAUGCAUAUUCAAGGAUUAUAAAAACUUUUUUAAAAUGUCAAACUUGGGUAAAAGCUAAAAUAUUUGGUUCUCUGCCUUUGAUAUUUUGCAGACAUCUCCAUGUUAGGGGAUGUGGAGGGAAAGAAGUUUAUAGGCCUAUUUCCAAAUAAUGUCUGGGAAGUAGACUAAGGUAAGAUAAUGCCCUGCUUUUCAGAGAGGUUGUACAGAUUGUGGCAUUACUAUUUCCUUUCUAGGCUUUUAGGUAAAGGAGGAAGUAGUUUUGAGUAAUGGUUGAUUUACAUGGCCUUCCCUCAUGGUUUUUGUGAGCUAUCACUGGUAACUCCUCAUCAUUAGGGCUAUAGUCCCCUGCCCUGGAUGGGUAUGAGGAGAGCUAGGCCUAAGUGCAAGACUAAUUCGUUUGUCUUUGGGGGAGAGAAUGCUCCUUACCAUAUAUUUAGCCAUGGUUUGGAACUCUCCCUUUCCCUGUCUUCUCUCAACAGCAGAAUUGCUAUCCUUCCCUCCUCUAUUAAAUGUAUUGCUAACCCUGUAAUUAUGUAUCUGAGUGUGUGUGUGUGCGUGCGUGCGCACGAGUGUGUGCGUGUGAGAGCACGCAUGUGUGUGCGUGUUCAUAUGCGUGUGUUCGUAUGUGUGUGUGUGUGUGUGUGUGUGUGUGUAUAUGGGGGAAGUGGGAUUCUUUAUAAUUUUUGUGCUUUGUGGCUUUUCCCUCCCUGCAUUAUUUCCCACCACCGCAUGCCCAGGGGCUAUUGCCUGGCAUUAUCGCAUGCUGGGAUCUUUGGGGAGUAUAGUAAAACUCACCACUAUCCGUGUUUUGGAGAUUUAUUUUUGCAUAAGUUGUUCAUCUAAUACAGAUUGCUAACUAACUAUGUAUUCCCCUUGCCCCAAUGGCUGCUGGUGUAAAUAAAGUGCAUCUCCCCAUUGGUAAACUAAUAAAAUUUUAAAAAAUCACUA